GAUAUCUCAACCCGAGAGAACCACUGUUCCAUAGCCAGUUUCGUGUGUAUCCUAAAAUACAAGACUCGAGGCUCUCAAUAAUGUUCUCCAAACAAUUUUGACUUUAAUAUGGAUCACAAUGACGAUGGCGAGAUGGAAGAACGUAGGUCCAUUCGCGAUCCAAGUAGAAAACCUAAAAAAUACGGGAGCACCUCCAAACACAUGACACGAAAUGAAAAUUUGGUUAAACACAUUGUCUCAAAGUGCGAUACCCUCCAAGGUAUAGCCCUCAAAUACGGAGUUACGACUGAACAAAUUAGAAGAAUAAAUCGAUUAUGGGCAUCAGACAGUUUGUUCCUGCGGGAAUAUUUAUUGGUUCCCGUUCCUGCGGACUGUGUUUCACCUAUGAGCGGAGCGGAGUCUCCAGCUUCAAGUACAGAUACAAAUGCUGCUCUGUCAAAUAGCUUUAAUUCGACACCAGUAACAUCGCCCAAUGAGGACGGCGCAUCCAUUACAGAUUUUUUAGCAAAAAUGGAUUGUUCUAUUGCUUCAGUUAAGAAUGAAGUGCGGCGAGUACAAGGCAGUAGCGAAUUUUGCUAUGACGGAGAAACGACGCAUGUACAACGUCGCAAAGCAACCGCGCGUUUGCGAAAUUCCCAUCCGGUAACCUCGAGCACGAUGUCAGAAAAUACAGAACAGUUGAGGCCCCUGUCGAGCAACGACGUGCACAGCUUACCAUCGGCGGUCGUGAUGACUCAAGGUCGACGAGUCAAAACGUCUCUGCAGAAACUGCAGCAACAACAAGACGAAAUUUUUCAAUUGUAGCAUCAAUUUUUUUUUUCACAAGAACGUUAGUUUUUCUACUAUUCAAACUAUUUUUCUUUAUUCUUUCACUCCGAGAAGUUAACGGAUAACGAAGAUAAAAUAAUAACAACAACAACAACAACGCUGAUCAGCACUAUACACGAUAAUUAGCUAUAGGCGAAACAUUUUCUUCUUUCAAAACUUAUUGUUUUUUCGAUUAUUUAUUUUCUUUUUUCUUCGCGUUAUGCCAGACGUGCCUUUACGGGUGGACGCUCACGUAAUCGAAUUCAUUUAUUUUUCAAUAUUAGCAAAGUAUUCAUUUUACUGAAAUUUUCUCCUUUCCAAAUCAUUACAGGGUCAUUAUACAUAUUUAGCACACAGAUAUGCACUUUUCAUGUUCCUCUCUCGCCUUCAGUGGUCGUUGACGAUUUGAAAGGAACACGAAAGCGAAGCCCACCGAAUGAGUUGAUUUUUAUUUCAUUUGUACUCUUUACUCAGAGUUCACGAAGCUUGCGAUGAUAAAACUUUAGAGUUCGAAGAUCCCAAAAAAUAUAUUAAGAGACGUGAUGCUCGUGGAAGAAUUUAUUUCGUCCUUGAUCUAUUGUUCGAUUAGAAAUACGUUUUUGCCAAAAGUUUCAAACACAAAGUCAUUAAUGAUAAUAUUUGCGAAAAAAAUAUUUCAUGACGAAUAUUCUAGUUUAUCGCAUUAUUUAAUUGUAGGAGUGAUUGUACAGUAGAAAUAUUAUUCGAUCAAGGGUUUGUUGUGUUUUGAACGGAACGCUUUUUUUCGUGAUUCAUAGUGAACGUGGAAAUGAUAGUAAUGGCGGAUUUUUCGAGAUAAGAGAGCAGAACGACCACUGAGAAAUUUCAAAUUUUCAAACUGUUACUGUACUUCCUUUAUUCUAUUCUAUUUUCGAUUCGCUAAAGAGAAGAAAAAGUUGAAUGAAACGUCGAAACGAAACGUAAAUGGUUAUAUUUUUUCGUUCGUUCCCUUCCUUUAUUGUUCGAAAAUGAAACGAACAAACGAACACUGAAAUGCCGAAUGUGGAAUUGUCUUCAAUUGGCGCCCUCCACGUUUAUUACAAAGAUUGUACAUUUGCCAGGUGGACAUGCAUACGAGAUAAUGACAAUUUUAAAUAUAUAUAGAUAUAUGUAUAUAUUCAGGAUUGUUUCAAGUUAUAUAAAUGAUAUAUUAUUGAUGAUCGAUGAAUAUUCUAUGGGCGCAGGUGCUGACGCGAAAUGGUAGCAGCGAAAAGUAAAAAUGCUACCACGAAAGUGAGAUCGUUCGACUGAGUUAAGAACGCAGUUCGUUAUUUUAGUUUUACUGUUAUGGCACCAUCAUGAAAAUAAUAAAUCAACUAUAAUUGUCAAGUAAAAUCUCUCCUUAAAGUAAAACUCAACGAAAUAUACACUAUAAAUAAAUGUACCUACGCGUAAACAACAAAUCACGAAAAGUAUGAAUCGAGGUUCUUCGUAUUCAUCAACUUUUCAAUAUGGAAAAGUUAAGUUUGUUGAUUGACAAAUAGACCGAGAGGGAAACGAGGAGGGUGAAUGGCAAUAAAAAAAAACGUAAUUAGACAAUAUAAAUGUUAA